UCGCUUUUGAUGUUUGAAGCCCUUCUUCUAAGCGAACUCCCUUCUUUCUGAUCUUCAUUCUCUUUCUCUUCCACAGGAGUUGCUUCUGCCUCCAAGCCAUCGAUAAGCGACCAUGCAUUCUACCAACUUGCUUCUUGAAGAACCUAUUAGGAUGGUCUCUAUUAUAGAGCCAUCCAAGCCUAGUUUCUUUCCUGCAAUGACAAAAAUCGUUGGUACACUGGGUCCCAAAUCUCGAUCUGUCGAGGUUAUUUCUAGUUGCCUCAAGGCUGGAAUGUCUGUGGCUCGUUUCGACUUCUCCUGGGGUGAUGUGGAGUAUCACCAGGAGACCUUGGGGAAUUUGAAGACCGCUAUCAAGAGUACUAACAAGCUCUGUGCUGUUAUGUUGGAUACGGUGGGUGCAGAGAUGCAAGUUGUUAACAGAAGUGGGACAUCUAUAUCCCUUCAGGCAGAUGGUCUUGUUGUCCUUACUCCGGACAAGGGGCAAGAAGCCUCGUCAGAAAUAUUGCCUAUCAAUUUUGAUGGACUAGCAAAGUCAGUGAAGAAGGGAGAUACUAUUUUUGUUGGUCAAUACUUGUUCACUGGCAGUGAAACUACUUCUGUAUGGCUAGAGGUUACUGAAGUCAGAGGCUCAGAUGUUGUCUGUGUAAUAAAAAACUCAGCAACAUUAGCUGGUGCAUUGUUCACUUUGCAUGCCUCUCAAAUUCAUAUUGAUUUGCCCACACUUACUGAAAAAGACAAGGAGGUUAUAAGCACCUGGGGUGUGAAAAAUAAAAUAGAUUUUUUGUCAUUGUCAUACACCCGACAUGCAGAAGAUGUUCGUGAGACUCGGGAAUUCCUUUCCAAAUUAGGUGAUCUCAACCAGACUCAAAUUUUUGCAAAGAUUGAAAAUGUUGAGGGAUUGAACCAUUUUGAUGAGAUCCUACAAGAAGCUGAUGGAAUUAUCCUUUCCCGUGGGAAUUUGGGCAUAGAUCUGCCACCUGAGAAGGUAUUUUUAUUUCAAAAAUCUGCUCUUUACAAAUGUAAUAUGGCUGGAAAACCUGCUGUCCUUACGCGUGUUGUGGAUAGCAUGACCAGCAACUUAAGACCAACUCGUGCAGAAGCCACUGAUGUUGCCAAUGCUGUUUUGGAUGGAAGUGACGCAAUUCUUCUUGGUGCUGAGACCCUACGUGGGAAUUACCCUGUCGAGACUAUUUCUACUGUUGGCCGAAUUUGUGCAGAGGCCGAGAAAGUUUUCAACCAAGACCUCUAUUUUAAGAAGACGGUCAAAUAUGUUGGAGAACCAAUGACCCACUUGGAAUCUAUCGCAUCCUCUUCGGUACGGGCGGCUAUUAAGGUGAGGGCUUCUGUUAUUAUUUGCUUCACUACAACUGGAAGGGCUGCAAGAUUAAUAGCAAAGUAUAGGCCUCCCAUGCCUGUUCUCUCUGUUGUGAUCCCUCAAAUUAAGACAGAUCAGCUAAAGUGGAGCUUUACUGGAGCCUUUGAGGAACAACUGUCAACUGAUAUGUGGGAAAGCUUAUUUUCGUCUAAUGCAAGACAAUCGCUUAUAGUGAGAGCUCUCUUUCCUUUGCUUGCUGAUCCACGACACCCUGCGGAGUCAACAGGAGCAUCGAAUGAGUCAAUCCUGAAGGUUGCCCUUGAUCAUGGAAAAGCGUCAGGGGUUAUAAAGGCACACGACCGAGUUGUUGUCUGCCAAAAAGUUGGUGACACAUCCGUCGUUAAGAUUAUUGAGCUUGAAGAUUAAGACACAUACCUCCAACUCGACAGUUUAGGCUUCUUUUUGGUCAUUCCUAAAGUAUUUGAAAGCAGCUGAUCAUUCUGCUUCCACUUUUUGAGGUUAUAAUCUUGACAUCUCCACUGGGUUUGGUGGCUAGUUGCAUUUUUUCCCGGUUCAUUGGACAUUAACGCUGAGGCAAGAAGGCAACUAUCAUUGGCUGUCAAAUAGAAAAUCAGAGGAACGUGGGCUUGUUGCUUAUUCUUAGUUAAUUGUCAUACAGCAUAUUUUGGAAGUAAUAUUAUUCGAUAUGAUUUUGACUAACGAUUCUCAAAUGGUUAUUGCUCAAAAGCUUCUAUUC